AUGCUUCGCCUCUAUUCCUCUCAGCAGCAAGAUAGUCUUGCUGAUGAGGCAGAAUGCGCUGGAGCACAUGAGAUGAAAACGCGCAAUGCUCCACUCAUUCAAGGGGAAGCGACGUCUUCUCCAGCGGUGGUGCAUCACUUCGUUAGUAGUGGUAAAAGCAAGGUACUACAUACUAGUAAGGGGAUGAAAGUCAUGCGAGAUUUCUGCCGAGUCGGUGCUAGUGCUCCGGCUAAUCCGCUGACGCCGUGCUGCCCGCCCCACAGUUUGUCAGUAGAUUUUCAUAGUAAGGAAAAUCUUCUAUUAACAGAACCUGCACCUAUGCGGCUUUCACUGCUUCUACCAACAACACAGCAAAAGAACGAUCAUGGCCACUCGCGUCCCUCCGUUAUUUUUGAAAGAAAAACUAGCAAGGCGGUUGGAACAAAUCGCCUGCGAUCAUCUGUUGGCUGCGUUGCCCAGCAUGGUAGAGAAAUGACGCAGACAACAGAACGCGCAAUGCAAAGAAAGGGUUCACAAAAGGUUCGAAAGGGAAUGGCAACCCCCGCUCCUGUUUCGAAGUAUCAAGAAAAUUGCAGUCACGCUGAAUUGAUUGAACAACGCCGACUGACCCGAGCGUGUACAAUCUGGACAUCGAUAUCGGGCAGCGGAGAAGCAACUUCUCGGACCACGAAGAGAAUCAAUGAAAGCAAAGAGACUGCAACACCGCCUCCUUCACCAGCUUCAGCAAACAAAACAAUAACUGAGUGCCCCUCGUUGCAAAGGCAAAGAACGAAACGAGAGUCUCCUUCGCCUACGCGACUAGACUUUCCCAGUGUGGAGAAUCAUUCUUUACCAUCGCCGCCUGCAAAGGCACUUCAGGAAAAGCUUGACACAGGGUUAACGUCGGAGAGAGAAACAGCAACAACAACUGCAGCUGAAACACCUCCACAAGCCCAGUUCGGAAUCAAUGUUACAGACGAGCCGAGAAUGCAGGAAAACCAACAUGGCAAUACCAUUAGCUCAAGGUUUAAGACAACUGAGUAUAAACUAAGUUGUCCUAAGCUCCCGGAUCUACAACGGCCUGCAGGUUCAUCAUGCGCUUCUCGUUACAACCCCAUAUUUUGCAACAGCACUCGAGAAACAGCAGACGAUAGCAAAAAGGGCGAAGAAAAGAUGAAAAAUCUUGCGCUCCUUCGGCAUAGCGAAGUAUCGUUUGUGUGUGUAGAAUCGUUUGUCUCCCUUUUGGCCGCAUGUUGCAGCGUCAGUUACUUUGGGAGUGAUGAGAAGCUACAACAGAUCAAAGAUCUAACGACUUCUCCCUUUCACUGCUCCUCAAAGCCACAAAUAGGCCUUGAGGAGUAUUUGGUAAAGCGGAUUUUCAAGCACGGAAAACAAACUGUCAACGAAGGAAUAAUGGCUGCGGCACUCCUUAACCGUUUUCUCUGUAGACAAAAUAGCUUGCUUGCUGCUGCACUCCAGGGCCGCAUGCAGCUUCACCAACAGGAACACCAGAGCAGCAGCGUUAAUGAAGUCUGUAGUACAACCCCUACUGGCUGCAGCACCCGAGUCGGGCUGGCAAUUCGGAAGUCUCCAUCAGGCAAUAACCGUCUGGUCGUAACAGCAGCUCGCAUUGGAUUUAUAGAGUUCAACUAUUUGACUGCCCAUAGGCUGCUGCUGACUUCAUCAUUCUUGGCAAGAAAAAUGCAUAGAGAUGAUCAUACAAGCAUCAGGCAAUGGGCUCAGCUUGGCGGUGUCCCUGUUGAGGAUUUAGUAGAGGCAGAAUCUGCAUUUCUGCAAGUCCUCGGAUGGCGAGUACAAGUGACGCUGGAUGAUUUUUUUGCAACUGCUCUAGCAAUUUCCCUUGGAGAUUCGCGGCUUCUUGGAAAACAGGGGGAGCUAGAACCAAUAAAAGGAGACACUGCCACGACUGAGUCGUACAUUCGUCAACACGCUCAUUUGAUGGAUAAACACUCCAAUGCAGCCUCAAGUCCCUCACCGCAGGCACUCCAAGAUAACAGAGCCAUGCAGCGGCCCCAAGAUACGGCUAUCCUUGAGCAACCAGGCAUGCUUGAUAGAAGCCCGCCAUCUGGCAUUCCUUCUACAUCUGUUUUUUUGCCUAUGGAGACUGCACCAUACUGGCGAAUGGGAUAUGAGUACACAGAACAGGCAGUGCACACUGUACUGGACAGUUCUCAACAACAAAAGAAAAAUUGA